AUGGUUGGCAGGCGGAUGUUCGAGAUGGCGCCAGAUGGGUGGAAGUCGGAUGUUCGAGAUGGCGCCAGAUGGGUGGAAGGAGGAUGUUCGAGAUGGCGCCAGAUGGGUCGAAGUCGGGUGUUCGAGAUGGCGUUAUAUGGGUGGGAGUCGGGUGUUCGAGAUGACGCCAGAUGGGUGGAAGGCGGAUGUUCGAGAUGGCGCCAGAUGGGUGGAAGUCGGGUGUUCGAGAUGGCGCCAGAUGGGUGGAAGUCGGGUGUUCGAGAUGGCGCCAGAUGGGUGGAAGUCGGGUGUUCGAGAUUGCGCCAGAUGGGUGGAAGGAGGAUGUUCGAGAUGGCGUUAUAUGGGUGGGAGUCGGGUGUUCGAGAUGACGCCAGAUGGGUGGAAGGCGGAUGUUCGAGAUGGCGCCAGAUGGGUGGAAGGCGGAUGUUCGAGAUGGCGCCAGAUGGGUGGAAGUCGGGUGUUCGAGAUGGCGCCAGAUGGGUGGAAGUCGGGUGUUCGAGAUGGCGCCAGAUGGUAGGAAGUCGGGUGUUCGAGAUUGCGCCAGAUGGGUGGAAGGAGGAUGUUCGAGAUGGCGCCAGAUGGGUGGAAGUCGGGUGUUCGAGAUGGCGUUAG